CGCCCUCCCUCACACAACUUCUCAAUAAUGCAGCUCCUCGGCCAAACUUCUUUCGCGCUCCUCGCUGCUAUGGCUACCUCUACUUUCGCAGCAGCUAUCGAGCGUGAUGUCCAUGUCAUCGAGCGUGCAGACCUCCCGUCUCAGCAAUGCGUACAGGCGGAGAAAUACGUUGGGAUAUACAAUGAAGUGUACAGUCCGGCCUGUGUUGUGCUCGUAAGCCUCUCUUUGUCCUCUUUCCCUCCUUUCUACAGUUCAUACCUCUAUCAUUGAUCUGGCUGGAUACACUCUGGCGUUCCUUUCCCCUUUCAUAAAUUGUUAAUUGACGGUUUUGAUGGUAUGUAUGGAGGCGGGCUCUUGUUUCGCUGCCUCUAACAAUGGGACGACGGCGCUGUGGAGCGUGAAGAGCUGUGUUGCGGCCGCGACGUGCGAUCCUAAAACCGCUUUCAUAGCUCAAUGCGAGAACCCCGCAGUUGCGAACGCGACUGAAAUACCCCACUUGGACUAUAACAUCUACGCAGGCAUCGUCGGCGACUGCGCCUGGGACGAAGGCGGCUGUCCCAUUACCCAACAGAACUAUAUCGAUCUGAUUUAUAGCGCGCUGAGCGAUGUCGGGUCGACUGAAUGGCCAGACUCGGCAGAAGAUGUGAUCAAUGAAUGGUGGACGCCUAUGCUCGACUGGGCGGCCACGGGGACUACGAUCCCGUAUACGAACUUUGACGAUUGGUUGCAUUAUGCGGCCACGACGAGCUCCGUUGGUCGCCGUUGAACUUUAGGGAAACCUCGACCUUCUCGUCAAUGAUACCCGCUACUUCGUCUGUUCCGUCCCACUAUGCAUCAACUUGAUGUGAUUUGUAGGCAGAAUGUAGCAUCGAAUGGACCAUGGACUUGAACUUCAUUGCAUUACUGUUUCGUUCCUUGUUUUGUUUUCGGUGACGACACGGACUCGUUAUGGUAGUACUAGUGUUGCUCGCUAGUUGUUUGACAAGGGCUUAUUUUCUUCCAAAUAGUACACUUUACGUGCC